GCCCACCCGGGCCGAAUUCGCUUCCAGGCCCGUUCUCUUCUGAUCCUACUGUUCCUCUCCGGCUCUCUCCCGGCGCGGCGGCAACCUUCCGUUUCUGGUCCGCCGCCGCCUGCUUCAACCCUCUCCCCGAAACCCUAGCCGUGGAAUACCCCCACCCAUUCCAUGGACGAGCCGCCGCUGGAGCUCGCUGGCGCGGUGCGCGACGCGGAGCUCCGCCUCUCCGCGGCGCUGUCCCGCGAGGAGGUCCUCUGCCGGCGCCGGAGCCGCCUGGUGCAGCUCUGCUCCCUCUACCGCGCCCAGUACUGGGCGCUCGCCGACGAUCUCGCCGCAAGGCACUGCGAGUACUGGUGGGAGAACGGCGCCAGCCCCGUGCUCGACGAAGAGCCCGCGCCCGCGCCCGCCCUGCCUCCGCCUCCCCCUCCCCCUCUGCCGCUGCCGCUACCGCUGCAGGAGAAUGGGGCCGGUGUCGGGCCCCUGGAGAAUGGAUGUUAUGUUGGACAGCUGCAGAAUGGCGGGCACGGCGUUGGGUACUGUAGUGCCGUCUCCCCUGCAGCCGCUGCGGUCGGGAGAGCGGGGUGCGCGGCCGUGAAUUGCGACGCCAAGACGAUGCCCCUGUCGCCUUACUGCUUCAGUCACAUCCUCCUGGACUCCAAGCAGCAGCUCUACCAGCCCUGCGCCUUCGUCACUAAGAAAAGUGGUACGCCAAAUGGUGAAGCAACUUGUGGAAAACCUGUUCUGAGAGGCAUCACUCCUUUGCGAUGUGCUGACCAUGAUCCAAAAUCUCAGAAACUCAUCAUAGAAGCUUUGAAAAAUGCAGGAAUUGACCUGCCCUUGACAAGUAAGAGUGUUCCAAAAUUGAGUCUCUUGAUUUCUGAAACAGUCCGCGAAAUUCAGAUGAAAAGAAAGCUAUCCAUGAAAGGUGCAAUGACUGCAACUUCUGAUCAGUUAUUGAAAUGAUUUGUUUGGACUAGCCUAUGAUCUCUUUGUACAUGAUGGCCCUACAGUGAUGGAGAUGUUCCAUUGUAAAUAUCAGGUGUCAAUGUGCACCUAAUCUUCAAAAGAAGAAAUAUUGAACCGUAAGACUAUUGGAUGUUAUGUUAUAGUGCAGAAAAUCCUGCAGAGAAGAAUGCUGUGCAGAUUUAGAAAAAAAUGGCUGCCUGUAAGCUACCCUCUUCAAUCCUUGAAAGGAAGAAAUCAAAUUUUGGACUUCGAGCUUUCAACAGGCACAUGAGGAAUGUCAAAUAAAGUUCAAGGAAUUGGAGGGUUGCAUUCAGUCUUGGAUGAUCAGUCAGGCUACCGUGAUGAGUUGAAGAAGACUUGUUACAGUUUCCUUCUCUUUAGUCUUCACCCUUUUGGGGGAAUGUUCAGCCUGGAAGUUUGUUUAUCUAUAUGUUGUAGUUGCUCAGUAUUAGACCGGUAUUAACUUAUGUUCAAUCUUGCUUGUGUUUUACACCAGAAAUGUUCGUACAUAUGGUCUUAAAUUGUUGUUAUUAUGGUUUCAGGGUAUAGUAAUUUAUAUUUGGGGUUGGACCUGAGCAUUGGGAGCUAGCGGUCAUUUGGGGGUUAAUCUUGCUUGCAAACCCUGAACCCAAGGUUGAUUGGAUUCGGGUUACUAGCGAUGUCUAUUCUUGAGUCGUGGUAGAAUUGUUUUGUUAGGUUAGUGCGUAACUCAUUGUCCAGUUGCAACGUGUAUAUUGACAAACUGAUGUCUUGAUGGAAGGUUACUAUACCAUGGACAAUUUUGGACGUGGUGCAUCAUGUUGCACAAAUGAUUUACUGCU